CUAGAGGUUUAGAGCUCUCUUCCUGAUACCCUCACAUAUGGUGAUUUCCCUUGUUAGUGGAAAGGUCUCUCACGGUACUGUCAUUUCUACUUGAUUUUUCAGAGCCUGUUUUAUCAUGUUUGAAGUUUCUUUAAAGUAACUGGCUUAAAGUAAUCACUAUGCCAAUGAUGCAUAUUUUGAAGUGGCAAAAUGUGCUCCUUUUUAUGGGUUCUGACAUUUUAGGAAGUUGAGCAUGUGUGCACCUCAGACUCUCCUCCCCCUUGACGUCCUCCUCCCAGGCUGCAGGAGGUACUCUUCUCCUUUCAGCUCUCUGCCCUGAGAGUGCGGCUGGAGCAGCACCGAGGCAGUAAGCCCCGAGCUGCCCCUGCGAGAGCAGCAGGCUGGCUGAGGGGAAGUCACCAGGAGAACUGACCAGAAUGGGGAACUCUCUGCUAAGGGAAAACAGGUGGCAGCAGGACACUCAAGAAAUACCCUGGACUCCGAAAAAUCAAAGCCGCAAACAGAGAACAUCCAGAUGCUGUUACUGCUACUUUGCUGAAGGGUGUUUCUGCCUUCCGUGUAGAAAAAUAUGCAUCUUUAAAGCAAAACCAGAUUCCCCAAAGGAGAGUAAAGAAAUGUCAUCUGCUCCCACGCAGGACAGUGCUGACCAGAGCUCCUCGGAAGAUCUCUGCUACACCCUCAUUAAUCACAGCGUCCUUGGGGGAAAGUCAUCAGGGAUCUCUGCUGAGAGGCAUUCGUCUUCCCCAGAAGAUGCAUAUGAACUCAUCAUACCUAGGAGAGUCUUCUCCUACUCCCUGCAACAGCCACAUCCACCAACACCACAUUUGGAGAACCGGGUUUCCUACUGAUAACGAAACAGUUGGACCAGCGCCCGUCUAAUAGCAGUAACUAUUAGAUAGGGGUUGUGGGGCUUUGGUUGAAGCAGGCAUGGCGUAUAGGGCCCUUCAGGCUUACCCCACCUCCACACACAACAGCCCUUUCUUAAGGGGUCUCUGCAGAAUCUGGUUUGCAAACCACAGGGCCUCAUAGAUCCUGUUCCAUAGUCAUCCAAAGACCAACCACCCAUCCUGAACACCGCUCUUUGAGAAGGGAGUGGCUAUCUGUGAUUCCAAAUGGCUUUGGAAAUGGUAGGAAAGGCUUCUUGGUCCCCUACAGCUAUGAGCAUCACAAAGGGUCUGCUCCUCUGUCCAAGUUCUUCUUAUAAAACGUCCACAAUGAUUGUCUUCUAAAGUCACAAGGAAGCUUUUACCCAUAGUAGUAAGUGUCCCCAGGGGUGUUCACUUGUUCGACACAUGUUUGAAGGCCCAACCCCUCACCCAGAGCCUUCCAGGUGAGAACCUGUGUGUGCCUUCGCACCCCAUGCCACUUAGGUAUGUCCUUUGACUCGUUGACCCUUAUGGGUUUGUUGGUUAUGUGGUCUGAAUCAGUAUGUUCUGGACCAAGUUUUUAUAUAAUUUUUAAUAUAAUUUUAACCCAUAUUUUUUAACCUGUAUUUCUCCCUAGAAAUCUUAUCAAGAAAAUCAUAGCAUUAGAGAAUGGUAGAGUAGAAAGACCUAUGGAGACACUCUAACUCCAUUACCCUUUUUGCUUAGAGAGGAUAAGUAGCCCAAGGCACCUUGCAAGUUAGUGCCAGAACUUUAUCCAGAGCCUGAUUUCCUGGUUUCCAAUUCAACACUCCUCCAACAUACUACAUAGAAGAGGCUAUACUCAACUGGGUGGUGUAUGCGUGGAUGAACUAAUAUACUAUGUAUAACAUAUGAAAAAAAUGUGUCCACAUGGGAAAAAUAACACACACACACACACACACACACAUAUCCCUUCUCUAAUGAGACUUUCUGUAUGUUCUGAUUAUUUUUCCUAAUUUUUUCCUCAUUGCUCCUGGAAUUCCAUCUAUUGCCUAAAACAGGGAUCAGCAAACUGUGACCCAGAGGCCAAAUCUGACCUACUGUCUUUUUUUUUUUUAAUAUAAAUAAAAUGAUAUUGGAACACAUCCAUGCUUAUUCAUGUAUACUGUAUACAUGUUCAUACUGCUCAGCCAUAGAAGAGUUGAGUAGUUAGUUGUGACACACUGGAGGUCCCACAAACCCAAGAACACUUUUUUUUUUCCCUUUUCAGAAAAAAAAAAAAAAAGUUUGUAGACCCCAGGCCUAAAGGA